AUGGCACAGAGCUUUGAUAAUUGGCUAAGUAGUUUGGGCCCUCUCACGAGGUAUGCCCUGGGCACCGUGGUGUUGCUCACGGCUGGUGCCUCGCUGGGGAUCAUUCCGAUUCAAUACAUUCUACUUUCACCCAUAGCUCUUACGGAGCUCCAGCUGUGGCGACUCCUCACAGCUGCCUUCUUCUUUGGUGGCUUCUCCUUCCCGUGGCUGCUCUCCGUUGCCAUGUUUGUGUCAUAUGUGAACUACAACGAGACCUACGACUUCAAGGGCAAAAGCGGGGACCUGCUCUGGAUGGGGUUCUUCCUCAUCCUUGCGAACGCCAUGGGUGGCCUCCUGCUUGGGAUGCUCAUCACCAGCUUCGCCUUGUUGAUGUCUCUCUGCUGGGUCUUCUGCAAACGGCACCCGGAGCUGCGCAUGACCCUGUACGGCUUCGAGUUUCACGCCAACACCUUUCCCUGGAUCCUCCUCGUCUUUCACCUUAUUAUUGGCCAAAGCAUCUUGGAGGACCUUCUCGGCAUUGUCGUGGGUCACCUCUUCUUUUUCUGUAGGGAUGUGCUGCCGAAGACGCACGGCAUCGAUCCCCUUUGUACACCCGCAUGGUUCCAGCGCUACGUGAUGCCGAAUGUUGGCCCCGUUGGCGUUGCUACCUUGUACCCGGCCGUUCACCCACAGGUUGGGAGGUUUGCACGCCAGCCGCCAGCCGCCAACGCCGGACUUCGACACCGCUGGGGGGCCGGACAUGUGCUUGGGUCCGAAUGA